AUGAUAUUUACCGCCACCGUAGUGCUUUCGAUAUCGGUCGCAGUGUGUCACGUCGCCGCCGAAUACUACGAAACCCAUUUCACGGAACCCGAAAGCGAUCAUCACAGUCGCAACGCGCUCCACUUAUCGGCAUACAAAUGGCCCAAGGGUAUCGUUCCGUAUCAGUUCAACAGCAGCUGCGAUCAGCGGUACCGUUCGACCGUUCUGGAUGCGAUGAACGUCCUCCAUCAGGCGACCUGCGUUCACUUCAUUCCGAAGACCAACGACCAGGUGGAACAUAUAGAGUUUAGCAAGUCGGACCUUGGCUGUGGCUCCUCGAUUGGGUAUCGUCCGAAGCAACGCGAACCGCUCGCGGUGGUGCUGGAUGAUUUCUGCCUAAGCCUACCGGGGGCGGUGCAGCAUGAGCUGUUGCACGUGCUGGGACUGUUUCACGAACACACCCGACCCGACAGGGACGACUACGUGGAGAUUCUGUGGGAUAACAUUGAACCAGAUUUCAAACAAAAUUUCUUCAAAGGGUCGUGGGACUAUAUGGAAACAUUCGGAUUGCCGUACGACUUUGGCAGUGUGAUGCACUAUCCGACGUAUGCGUUUGCCCGACCAGGGACAACGGAAACGAUGGUUUCCCGGCAGAACCGGAGCGCCCAGCUGGGACAAACCGAUGGGGCUAGCCCACUGGAUUUGGAGAAGGUGAGACACAUGUACGAGUGUUGA